AUCUGAAGUUCUCUGACUUUUGUCUAAUUUCACAACAGCACCAUAAUCAUGAACAACUCCUCAAUGUGCUGCACUUAUGAAACGCCAAUGCUGGACCAAUACCUUCCCCCUGUAAUGAUAACGGAGUUCAUAUUGGGCCUUAUUGGGAACGUUCUCGCCCUCUCUAUGUUUUUCUUCCACAGGGACACCUGGAAGCCCAAUUCUAUUUAUCUUGCUCAUCUGGCUCUGGCGGACUCAUUGGUCAUUUUCUGCCUUCCUUUUAGGGCCGACUACUACCGCAGGGGGAAGGACUGGGUCUACGGAGAUGCUUUCUGCCGUAUUUUGCUGUUUCUUUUGGCCACCAACAGAGCUGGCGGUAUAUUCUUCCUCACCGCCGUCGCUGUGGACCGAUACCUUAAGAUCGUCCACCCUCUCAACCGCAUCAACCGAAUGGGUCUGACCCACGCCCUGUGGGUCUCUGUUGGUCUGUGGGGUCUCAUCAUAGCUAUGACUGUCUACCUCCUAACAGAUGAACAUUUCUACUAUCUAAACAACCACACGCAGUGCGAGAGCUUCAACAUCUGCUUUGGGAAUAAUUCCCGGUUCACCUGGCACAACGUAUUCUAUGUUAUCCAGUUCUUUUUGCCCACGGUCAUUGUGAUCUAUUGCACCACUUGCAUAACGUGGCAGUUGAAGAAUAAGACAGUGGACAAACAGGGCAAAAUCAAAAGAGCCGUGCAGUUUAUCUUAGCAGUGGCCGCGGUUUUCAUUAUAUGUUUCUUCCCGAGCAACAUCUCCCGUAUCGCCAUGUACGUCCUGAAACUCUGGUAUAACGAGUGUCACUAUUUCCGUGAGGCAAAUGACGCAUUUAAAACCAGUGUCUGCUUUACCUACUUCAACAGCGUGCUCAAUCCCAUCGUCUAUUACUUCUCAAGCCCUGCAUUCAGCGGAUCUUUCAGGAAAAUCUACAUGAGACUUCUAGGAAAGAAAAUUGAGGAAUAA